GUGUAAUCGCUUGUCUAAUUCUUAUCAACAUUUGGAGGCUGAGAAUUUUCUAAAACAGCAGUAAGCAUUAUUUAAAGUGAAAAGGCACAAAACCUUAUACAUAGCAAAGUAACAAAAAAAUGGAAGAAGUGAAGAUGAUGAAAGAGCGAAAGAUACUAGUGGCAGUGGAUGAGAGCAAGGAGAGCAUGACUGCUCUCUCUUGGUGUUUAAAGAACCUUGUUUCUCCUAAUUCCAGUAGCACUCUUGUCCUUCUUUAUGUUAAGCCCCCACCUCCUGUCUACUCUGCCUUUGAUGCCGCAGGAUACCUGUUUUCAGGCGAUGUGAUAUCUGCCAUGGAAAAAUACAGUAAGGAUUUGAUUAACUCUGUGAUGGAAAGAGCAGAAGCUGUCUACAAGAAUUCAAUCAGCAAUGUAAAAAUAGAAAGAGUAGUUGGGAGCGGAGAUGCAAAGGAUGUAAUAUGCAAUUCGGUAGAGAAACUUAGAGCUGACACCCUAGUCAUGGGAAGCCAUGAUUAUGGCUUCUUGAAAAGGACUCUCCUUGGCAGUGUUAGCGACUACUGCGCCAGGCAUGUAAAAUGUCCAGUGGUCAUUGUGAAGCACCCGUAGAAGAAAUGAUUUUCGUUUUGCUGUAUGUUGGAUCAUUUGGGCUUCUGCUACUACCUUGUAUAUAUGUACACAUUAAUAUGGCUCGUUAUAAUACUGGUUAAGAAUCAGAAUUUUAGCUUGUGAUUGUGGCUGAUUUGUAUUGCUGGCACCUGUGUAGUUAGUAACUUGCCCAGUCAUUGUACCUUUUCAAAGAAAGUGUCGUCUUGAGGAAAUGAUAACAAACAUUACAACCCA